AUGGAUCUUAGUAAAAUUAAUUUAAGUAAUUAUAUACCUACAAUGCCUUAUAAAGUUCGUGAAUUAUUUGACAAAGCAACAAAUAUUGUUAUGAAUUAUACGGAAACAGAAGCAAAAGUUGUUGAAGCAACAAAUGAUGAAUCUUGGGGACCACCUGGAAAAUUAUUACAAGAACUUUCUCAACUCUCAUAUUCAUUUGAACAUUAUAAUGAGGUGAUGGGAAUGCUUUGGAAACGAUGUUUUGGACAAGAAAAGAAAUAUUGGCGACGAACUUAUAAAUCACUUCUCGUUUUACUUUACUUAAUAAAAAAUGGCAGUGAAAAAGUUGUGACAUCAGCAAGAGAACAUCUUUAUGAUCUUAAAAGUUUAGAAAGUUUUGCUUAUACUGAUGAAAAUGGCAAAGAUCAAGGCAUUAAUGUGCGUCAUAAGGUAAAAGAAAUCAUUGAAUUUAUUCAAGAUGAUGAUCGACUUCGAGAUGAACGUAAAAAAGCUAAAACUAAUCGAGAUAAAUAUAUUGGUGUUGGUAGUGAAUCAUCAUCAUCUCGUUAUAGUGAUCGUUGGAAUGAUUAUGAUGAUUCAAAUAAUGGAAAUAAUACAACAACAACAACAGCAACAAAAGGAAAAGAUUUUGUUGAAUUAGACGGUCGAUGGCGUUCAACAAAUCCAUCUAUAAUUGAAGAAAGUUUUAAUAAAGCCGAAGAUUUAGCAAGUAAAGUUAAAGAAUUAGUACUUGAUCAACGACGUCCAUCAAAUGAUUAUUCACCAGAAAUAAGUGAUGAUGAGACUCAAUAUUCUAAAAAGAAUACUCAAUAUCAUGAUACACCAUGGAAAGAUCAAUCAAAUGAAUAUCGAAGUAAAACAAAGGAAAGUGAUUUUGAAAUGAAAAAAUCUCCAACACCAAGUAAUAAUACUCAAGUAUCUUCUCAAAAACGAGUAAGCUAA